UAGCUGAAAAAACAUGAGCGAGCUAUUUGGAUAACUAAAUGGGUAUAGAUGGACGGUCUGGAUUUAACUGUGAGAUUGUGAGAUCCAACUUUACAUACUCGACGGGUGAGUUAACCGGACCCUCAAAGAAAGCCACGCAGUCGGAUAGAGAAAGAUAUCUUCGCAAUCCGAGCUGGCAGGAUGACRGGGGCCCACUUGCCCGAGAUACUCGCUCUCAGUAAAUAGAAGCAUGUGGAAGCUGAGCAUGCCACGUGUAAUCGCGAAGAGUCCACUAUUUUCCACGUGGCAGAGUGUGGAAGGCCAGCUGAGAUCGCGGAAUAUUACCACCUCUUAUCGUCAAAAAUCCCCAAACAAAACAAAUCUCUCUCACCAAAUUUCUCAUUCUCCCCCUCUUUCUCUCCCUCGCUCUAUUCUCACGGUUCAAACGCCAUGGCCGUCGUAGCUGCGGCUGCAGCUCUCUCGUUGCCGAUAUCUUUCUCCAAAUCACCGAAGCUUAAUUUUAAGAAGAGUGUGAGAGGAUUUAGAGUGUUUGCUUUGUUUGGAGAGGAAGGAGCUAUAGAGAGAAAGAGUGGUUGGGAAACGCUCUUUGACGUGGAAGAUCCAAGAACAAAAGUUCCUCAAUGUAAAGGGAAGUUCAUAGAUGUUAACCAAGCUCUAGAAGUGGCUAGAUUUGACAUUCAGUACUGUGAUUGGCGAGCUCGGCAAGAUGUUCUUGCAAUCAUGCUCCUACAUGAAAAGGUAGUGGAAGUCCUAAAUCCUCUAGCUCGUGACUAUAAGUCUAUUGGAACAAUGAAGAAGGAGCUGGCCGGAUUACAAGACGAAUUGGCAGAAGCUCAUAGACAGGUUCAUAUAUCUGAAGCACGGGUUAGCACUGCUUUAGAUAAACUAGCUUACAUGGAAGAAUUGGUGAAUGAUAGGCUGUUACAAGACAGAAACACAGCGGAAUUGGAUACCCCAUCUACCUCGCCUGGUACUUCAACACAGACUCUUGAUUCUGUAAAUAGAAGGGUGCCAAAGAAAAGUUUAAACGUAUCAGGACCUGUCGAACCGUAUCAUCCUCGCUUGAAGAACUUCUGGUAUCCUGUUGCUUUCUCCAGUGAUCUGAAAGAUGACAUAAUGAUCCCAUUUGAUUGUUUUGAAGAACCAUGGGUUAUUUUCCGUGGAAAGGAUCGCAAUCCUGGUUGCAUACGAAACACAUGUGCUCAUAGGGCAUGCCCUCUUGACCUUGGUUCUGUAAAUGACGGUCGAGUCCAAUGUGCUUACCAUGGUUGGGAAUACUCAACAGAUGGCAAGUGUGAGAAAAUGCCAUCAACGCGACUACGAAAUGUGAAAAUAAAAUCGUUGCCAUGUUUCGAGAAAGAAGGAAUGAUCUGGGUUUGGCCAGGUAAUGAUCCUCCAGCAGCCAACCUUCCUUCACUACAACCUCCUCCUGGUUUUCAAAUCCAUGCUGAGCUUGUCAUUGAAAUUCCAGUGGAGCAUGGAUUACUUCUAGAUAACCUUCUGGAUCUUGCUCAUGCACCUUUCACUCAUACUUCCACUUUUGCCAAAGGAUGGAGCGUACCCAGCUUGGUGAAAUUCUUAACCCCCGCAUCUGGGCUCCAAGGAUACUGGGACCCGUACCCAAUCGACAUGGAGUUUCGACCGCCUUGUAUGGUGCUCUCAACUAUAGGAAUCUCCAAGCCAGGAAAACUAGAAGGCCAAAGUACCAGGGAAUGUUCAACACAUCUUCAUCAACUUCAUGUGUGCUUACCUUCAACAAGACAGAAGACACGGCUACUGUAUAGAAUGUCUCUCGAUUUUGCUCCCGUAUUGAAGCAGAUUCCUUUCAUGCACUAUCUUUGGAGACAUUUUGCAGAACAGGUGUUGAAUGAGGACUUGAGGCUUGUGAUUGGCCAGCAAGAAAGAAUGGUUAACGGAGCAAAUAUUUGGAACAUGCCAGUUUCUUAUGAUAAGCUAGGCGUAAGAUAUAGGCUAUGGAGAAAUGCUGUAGAGGAAGGAGCAAAACAACUACCCUUCAGCAAAUCAAAUUGAAAAAUAUUCAAACUUUAUUAACUUAAAAACACUUCUUAGGACCCAAAAUAAACCCCCUUCCUUUUUAAACUUAUAAUUGGCGAUGAACAGACCCAUGAGGCUGAGACAAAACCAGCUCCCUUCCUUCAGCUUCCACUUCCUUUUGAAAAGUAACCCUCUCAGUUGGACUCAGCAGAAGCUGUAGAAGAAAAUCAAUUGGAAGCAGAGAGAUGUUGGCUACACAAUCCCCUUGUAAAUUAGAAACUGCUACAUAAAUUUCAAUCGGCUUUGCUCUGAAGUUCUUUCUGCUUUGCUUUUGGUGUUAUUAUUCUCCAGAGUUCACCCUCAGGAUCAUUGUUUUAGGCUUGUAAAACUACGAGUAUGCUUCGAUUACACAUAUGCGAAAUAAUAAAGAUUUUCAUUCUCCAA